GAAAAUAGAUUAUUGUUCACCUAGAGAUUGAGGAAGGGAAGACCCUGAAAAAUUGAAGCCAUGAAGUGUUCUAUCAGUAUUUUCGUUGCCGCCGUUUACAUCAUUUUCUUCUUUCUUUUGGCUUCCAUCUCAGCCGGCCGACACUUAAACCCGUGGCCAACAGAUGAUUACAGCCAGGCAACCAGGGCAAAAGAAACAAUUGCGAACCCUAAUAUGCACAAGGAAAGAAGGGCCAGUACAGUGAAGAGAAACGGAGCGGAUCCACUUAAAAUUGCAGGGUCCAGCUUACCAGACUGCUCACAUGCGUGCGGCUCCUGCUCCCCAUGCAAGCUGGUGAUGGUCAGCUUCGUGUGUGCGUCGCUCGAAGAGGCAGAAACAUGCCCCAUGGCUUACAAGUGCAUGUGUAACAACAAAUGUUAUCCUGUUCCAUGAUCUUAAUUGUAUGUCUUUCAAUUUUUUGCUGUAUCAUGGUUAGCUGUGUUCAGAUUUUUUAUCAAAGAAAAUGGAGAGAAUUUCGAGAGACCAAGAUGAAGAGCAGAACACAUAAAAUGAAGAGGAGUAUAUCAC